AACCAGAGAGAAAAAAUGCAUCUGCUCUUUCAGCGGUCAUCAAAAGCCGCAGUAACGGUCACUCGCUCUCUGGCCCUCCCGCCAAAACCCCCAUCCUCCUCCUCCUCCUCCUCCUCCGUCUUCUUCCUCUCAUCACAACGCCAUAACCAGAACCACGAAAUCGGCUCAAUCGGCUCCCCUUCCAGGAUCCAAAAUCUCAUCGCUUCACAAUCAGACCCUCUCCUCGCCAAAGAGAUCUUCGACUUGGCUGCCCGCCAACCCCAUUUUCGCCACUCCUACUCUUCCCUCUUCACUCUCAUCCUCAAGCUUGGCCGCUCCAAGUACUUCUCUCUCGUCGACGACCUCCUCAUCCGCCUCAAGACCCAGAACUACUCUUUCUCUCCGGCUCUCUUUUCCCACUUGAUCAAGAUUUACGGCGAAGCCAAUUUGCCACAGAAAGCCCUCCGCACCUUUUAUACCAUGGUGGAAUUUGACUGCAGGCCUUCCGUCAAACACUUGAAUCGCAUUCUUCAAAUCCUCGUUUCUCACCGGAACUUUCUCCGCCCGGCGUUCGACGUCUUCAAGGACGCUCACCGUCAUGGGGUGAUGCCCAAUACUCAGUCUUACAACAUCUUAAUGCGUGCUUUUUGUUUGAAUGGGGAUCUUAGCAUUGCCUACCAGCUAUUCAACAAAAUGUUUGAGAGAGACCUUGUUCCAGAUGUGCAGUCGUAUCGGAUUCUGAUGCAGGGGUUGUGUAGGAAGGGUCAGGUGAAUACGGCGGUUGAUUUUUUGGAGGACAUGUUGAACAAAGGGUUCGUUCCGGAUUCGUUGAGUUACACUAGUUUGUUGAAUAGUUUGUGUAGAAAGAAGAAGCUUCGUGAGGCGUAUAAGCUGCUUUGUAGGAUGAAGGUUAAAGGAUGCAAUCCUGAUAUUGUGCAUUAUAAUACUGUUAUUUUAGGAUUUUGUAGAGAAGGGCGUCCAGUUGAUGCUUGUAAAGUUCUUGAGGAUAUGGCAUCAAAUGGGUGCUUGCCAAAUUUGGUGUCCUAUCGGACUUUGGUUAGCGGGUUAUGUGAUCAUGGGAUGCUUGAUGAGGCAAAGAGUUAUAUGGAGACAAUGAUAUCAAGGGGGUUUUCUCCGCAUUUUUCGGUUGUUCAUGCUUUAGUUAAAGGAUUCUGUAAUGUGGGCAGGGUUGAGGAAGCCUUUGCAGUUUUGGAGGAGGUGCUAAAGCAUGGGGAGGUUCCUCAUACAGAUACUUGGCUUACAAUAGUUCCUGGGAUAUGCGAAGAGAUUGAGCUAGAGAGAUUGGAGGAAAUUCUGAGAGAGGUAAUGAAGGUGGAAAUUAGGCCGAACACCAGAAUAGUAGAGGCAGCUAUCGGUUUGGAGGAUUACUUGAUAAAAAAGAUACGGGCUAAACCGAGGAGAGCUUAUUAGAUGCUUCGUACUAUUUGGCUCCCUGGUUUUGGUCAAGUAACUGGCCUUACCUUUUUUGUUUGUCACUAAUCCAGCCAUAAACGUUGCAAGUGCUUUUCAAAAGAAUGCAAUCUUGCUUGAAGCAACUGCAACUCCACCGACAUGGGUGUUUUGGUACUUUAGUUUGCUUCUCCUUCCAUCGUGUAUCAUCUCUACCCCUUAUUGAGAGAAUAUAAUUGUUGUAUCACAUCAUUUCAUGUUAGUUUUUGGCUGCAUAUUGUCAGUUUUCCAAGGAGGCUUUUAAGUUGCCUUAUUAUAGUUUGUUCUUGUUUACAGCAACAGGAUGCUAGUUUAUUUGAAGUACUGCAUUUCAGGCCUUGUUUUUCCACUAGGUAUGGACUUCACUAGGACAGGGAACAAUUCCUCCCUCACGCUUGCGAUCUCUCAGUCAGAACAGAACUUCUGCAAUUUUUAUUGGAGGGUUCUGAGGCUCCUAAUUCAAGAGCAGCAUGAGAAUAUCUUAACUUGUAUUUUCUCUUGGAGCUAGAAACUGAAGCUACUUUAGACGUUCUGAGAUGAGCUUUCAUUGAAGAUGAAAUCUCAAAACCCGACAUUUAUUCUCAUGAUUCAGCUGAUGCAAAUAUGGAGCUGCCGGAUGGGAACAAUUCAAUGGCUCAAAGUCAGAAUUCAAUGGUUCAAAGUAGAUACUCUCAUUCAUGUUAUUAUUAAGGGUAUCUCCCCAAUAGAUGGAUCUCCUGGCAAUGAUGACACUGCAUCAAUAGUAGACUGGCCUUCAAAGAAAGGCAUUGGUCAUCUGUUUGAGUUUAGUGCAUACUAUGUUGCAUGUGGAAGAGCUAAUGUCUCGAAACGUGUAUUGUCUAAAAUUUUGGUCUAUUUGACGUCAAAGAAUAACUUUCCAUCAUGGGAUGCUGGAGAUAGCAUAACUUCAAAAAGUAGAGAGAAACAGGUUCUUGGCCUUCUUGAGGUAGUGCCUGACACCGAUUGGGAUUCAUUUUAUGAGAAAGCGUGAUUUUACCAGGUAAAUUUACCAAUAUCUUGCAAUGUUGUCUCAGAAUCAUGUUGUUACAAUUCGUUCAGUUUGAGAUUACUCACUUCAAGUCUCUUGGAGUAUUUUAGAUUUGUGGCCUAAUUCAUACCAGCAGAUAUCAGUAUCUUGCUGCUGUGGACUGCUACAUGAAAGAUAUAGAUGAACCCGUUCAUGCCUUCUCCUUUAUUAACAAAAUAUUAUUGUGGCUGACCGACAAUGAAUCCGCUGCUUUUCAAUCACAAGUAAUUUAUCAAAUUCCAGAAUUUUUUUACUUAAACAGAGAAGGCACAUUCGUCUUGGUUUUCAACAAUUUUACUAGUGAAACCAUAUCCUCUCUGAACUUCGUUCCCAUCCAAAAAGCCUAUUCCUCGGUGAUUGAGGUUCACUUAUCUGGCCCUCGACUGUUCAAGUUUAAGAAAAGAUGAUCUUGUGAGGGUAAAGGAUCAAUCAAUAGCAGUUGAGGCUUACUUGGAAAGGAUCUCUGAUUUCCCAAAGCUUUUGCGUAACAAUCCUGUUAAUGUGACCGAUGAUAUGAUUGAACUUUAUUUGGAGCUGUUAUGUCAGUAUGAGCGCAAUUGAGUUCUCAAAUUCCUAGAGACUUAUGAUAGCUAUCGCGUGGAAGGAACACUGUUUACGCCUGUGCCAGAAAUAUGGGAUAACAGAUGCUGCAUCAUUCUUGUUGGAAAGGGUUGGUGAUGUUGGCAGUGCUCUUUUACUUACACUUUCCACCCUCAGUAAAAAAAUUUAUCAAGCUUGAUACUGCUAUGGGAAGUCUGGUAUCAAGUGGUUCUGCACGUACUGAGCAUUUCAGCAAUGCUUUAAAGCUCCAUAAAGGUGUUCAUAUCUUAAGAAAAUUGUUCUCUCGGUUCAUCAAGGAGAUUGUUGAGGGCAUGAUAGGUUAUGUUCGCCUUCCAACUAUCAUGUCCAAACUCCUUUCUGAUAAUGGUAGCCAGGAAUUUGGUGAUUUUAAAUUCACAAUAUCAAUAUUAGAUAAUGAGUUUGUUUUGCUUUUUUUGAGAGUUCAAAUUUGUUCUGCACAGCUGAUUGAUGCGCAAAACAUAGUGGACAAAUUGACCUCUGUA